CCGGACAGUUUCACACAAUUUCACAGAAUCCCAGUUGCGAAUCGUUGUUAUAGGUGCCCGUUGGUGGUGCGCGGUUGGUAUACCCUCGGCAGAUUUUCCCGAUAAAAAAAGCGGAAAAAGAGAAAAAGGGACGCGUGGAAAAUGGGCGACGUCGACGCAUACACUACCAAUUUCACAAUCACGGAGAAGAAAACGAAAAAGGUGAAAAAAGUGAGCAAGCGCAGAGAGGAGAACGACUCGGGGAAUACCGAAGUGACCAUCACCGAGUUGGACCAACGCACCAACGGAACCAGGGGAAACGAUUACAACAAAAGCACCAAUAAGGACUGGCAGGCGCAGCACUUCUGCUGUUGGCAAUGCGACGAAAGUCUGACGGGUCAGAGGUACGUCCUUCGGGACGAUCAUCCAUAUUGCGUAUCAUGUUACGAAUCAGUGUUCGCGAACGCCUGCGAGAAAUGUAGCCGUAUCAUCGGUAUCGAUUCCAAGGAUCUGUCCUACAAAGACAAGCAUUGGCACGAGGCGUGUUUUUUGUGUACAACUUGUGGAGAUUCGUUGGUGGACAAGCAAUUUGGAUCAAAGGGUGAUCGUAUCUACUGCGGACGCUGCUACGACGAGCAAUUCGCGUCCAGAUGCGAUGGCUGCCACGAGAUCUUCAGGGCGGGAACCAAGAAAAUGGAAUACAAAACAAGGCAAUGGCACGAGAAAUGUUUCUGCUGUUGUAUCUGCAAGGUACCCAUCGGAACCCAAAGCUUCAUCCCGCGUGAACAAGAGAUCUACUGCGCCAAGUGCUACGAAGACAAAUACGCUACGAGGUGUAUCAAAUGCAAUAAGGUGAUCACCAGCGGCGGCGUCACUUACAAGAACGAACCUUGGCAUCGCGAAUGUUUCACUUGCACAAACUGUCAGAAGAGUCUAGCCGGCGAACGUUUUACCAGUCGCGACGAGAAGCCUUACUGUGCCGAAUGCUUUGGCGAAUUGUUUGCCAAACGUUGCUUCGCUUGCAACCGACCAAUUACAGGCAUUGGCGGAACUAAGUUCAUCUCGUUCGAAGAUCGCCACUGGCACAACGAUUGCUUCUUCUGCGCUAGUUGCCGUACUAGUCUAGUUGGACGAGGCUUUAUCACAGACGCAGACGACAUCAUCUGUCCGGAGUGUGCCAAAUCUAGACUUAUGUAAAUCUUAGCCACCACGAAGGUAUCUAUAUGGACGGUUAAAAUCGGGGCGCCAUAUUUGACAGGCAGUAAAAAGCAAAUAAAAUGAAGAAAAUUUUUUCCAAUUUUGCAGGACGUAAUCUGCGCUGUCCUUGUUUGUUUUCGAGGUAAAUUUAUAAUAGUUGAUUUUAAUUUGCUUGAAGGCAUUUAGCGUAAAUAAUUAUUUUUAUUAUUUUCAAUAGAUUUUAUGCAACCGCCUCGCUAGACUAAUAUAUGUAUAAAUUAUAGUUCGUUAGCUUUUGGUGCGUUAAAAUCUUUUAAUGUUUAAAUGAUCAAAGAAACUAUUUUUGAAGCAAUUUUUAGUGUAAUAAGAGAGCCGUGUCUUACAGGAUUAUCAUAGUGACUUAAUAGUGUUAAUCAGACGCCUUAAUUUGUUGCGAAGUAAUUAUAAACUAUUUAUUUAUUAAAUAUGAUUUUAAUUUUACUAAAAUUUUGUAUUUAUGGAUUGUUAUAGUUUUUUAUUUAUCUGUAAAACCACGCUUGUAUAGAAUAUUGUUAUAUUUAUUCAACAAAUAAACUCUUCAAUAAA